GGGCCGGUCCCGCCGGGCCGUGAAGCGCUGCCCGUUCCUAUUCCCGUUCCCAUUCCUGGUCCCGCUCCUGGUCCCGGUCCCGGUCCCGGCCAUGUUCGGGCCGGCGGAGGAGGACGACGCGGAUUUCCUGUCCCCGGCCAGCGGUGCCAGAUUGGCCUCUCUCUUUGGUCUGGAUCAAACAGUCUCAGGCCAGGGCAAUGAAUUCUUCCAGUUCACUGCCCCAAAGCAGCCCAAGAAGGGUCAGGCAGCGGCUGCAGGUCAGCCCCAGAAGGCUCCGGUGGCCCCGGCAGCCCCGGCGGUGUUGGUGGCCACCGCGGUCCUCGCCUACCGAUAUGCAAACGGGCAGUACUUGAAGCAGGGCAAGUAUGGAGCAGCUGUAGUGGGGAACCACGCUGCCAAAGAGUACAGGAUCCUCCUCUACAUCAGUCAGCAGCAGCAGAUCACAACUGCCAGGAUCCACCCAGGCUUUGUCCUCACGGUCCAACCCAACAAUUACAGCACCUUCUACGAUGAUCAGAGGCAAAACUGGUCCAUCAUGUUUGAAUCUGAAAAGGCAGCGAUGGAUUUCAGCAAACAGGUGUGCAUUGCCAAAUGCAACAGCUCCCCAGUGCUUGAGUCAGUCCUCUACCAGGAUCUCCUGCUUGGAGAAGGGCAGGGAGUAGAAGCAGGAGACUCUCUGGAAGUUGCCUACACGGGUUGGCUGUUCCAGAACAACGGGCUGGGACAGGUGUUUGACUCCAACGUUAACAAAGACAAGCUGCUGAGGCUGAAGCUGGGAUCUGGAAAGGUCAUCAAGGGCUGGGAAGAAGGAAUGAUGGGGAUGAAGAAAGGAGGGCGAAGGUACCUCAUCAUCCCCCCAGCAUGGGCCUACGGGGCUCAGGGAGUGCCUGGUCGUGUCCCUCCAGACUCUACCCUGGUGUUUGAGGUGGAGGUCAAGAGGGUGAAGCUGGCAAAGGAGUGCUCUGCUUCAGAUGGACUGAGUGUGAGUUCAAGGGAUUCUCCUGCACCUUCUCCAGUCCCCAGCUCGGAUGGCUUCUCUGCAGACACUGGUUUAAUGCCUCCCUCCACAAUCCCUCCAAAGCCUGGGGAACCAGCUGUGCGGGCCAAGUCCAACUCCAUCAGUGAGCAGCUCGCAAACCCAGAUGUAGCAAAGGCAAAGCUGAUUUCUCGGAUGGCCAAAAUGGGGCAGCCCAUGCUGCCCUUCCUCGCUGGGACAGCAGGGGGUCAGCUGGACUCCAGUGACUCAGAAAUAGAGGAUCCAAAUACACUGAGAGGGACAGCCCAGCCAGUGGCUCCAUCUGCCAUGAGACCUUCCCAGCCAGCUCAAGCAGUGCUGCCCACGGUGUCCACACAAGUACCUCAAGCAUCUGGUGCUGCACCCUCAGUAUCUUCUGCUGCUUUAAUUCCUGCAACGAUCCAGCCCCACUCAGCUCUGCCUGGAGGAGCACAGGGCUUUCAGGCAUAUCCAGGGAUGGCAUUUGCUUACCCCCAAACUGCUGCAUCUGCUUCUCAGCUCCAGCCUGUGGGCCAGAUGUAUCCUGCCCCUUACCAAGCUCCUGGGGAUGUUACUUCCUUUUUGAUGACAGAAGCUCGGCAGCACAACACUGAAAUCAGACUGGCUGUGAGCAAAGUAGUGGAUAAAAUGGAUCACCUGGCUGCCAAGGUGGAGGAGCUGAAGAAACAAAGCAGUGCCAACAGCUCCCUGCUGCCUGGCAUCUCCUCUGUCACCAUGGAAGCCUCCAUGAUCAUGAGCAACAUCCAGCGCAUCAUCCAGGAGAACGAGAGGCUGAAGCAGGAGAUCUUUGAGAAGAGCAGUCGGAUUGAGGAGCAGAAUGAGAAGAUCAGCGAGUUGAUCGAGCGCAAUCAGAGGUAUGUGGAGCAAAGUAACCUGCUGAUGGAGCAGAGGAACCACUCACUGCAGACAACAAACGAGAACACACAGGCAAGAGUGUUGCAUGCAGAGCAGGAGAAGCACAUGCUGCCGGUGGAUCGGGGCUGGGACCAGGCCAAGGUUGCAGAGGAGCUGGCAGCUGCCACAGCCCAGGUGUCCCAGCUGCAGCUGGAGCUCACAGCCCACCAGAAGCAGGAGAUGGCCCUGAGGAAGCAGCUCUCCGCGGCCGUGCAAGAGGCCGAGCGGCACGAGGCGCAGCUCAACAAGCUGCAGGCGCAGGUGGCAGAGCUCCAGGAAGCCUCUGAGGACACUCAGAGCAGAUUCAAAGCUGAGAAGCAGAGCCGGAAGCAGCUGGACUUGAAGAUCACGGCACUGGAGGAGGAGCUGACGGACCUGAAAGUGGAGAAGGAGACCCUGGAAAGGAAUCUUGCAGAGAGGAAGAAGAAAUCCCUGUCAGAGAGAGCUCAGGCCGAGGAGGAGAUGGAAGAAAUACGCAGGUCGUACCAGCAGGAGCUGGACAAGCUGCGGCAGCUGCUGAAAAAGGCCCGGACUUCGACUGACCAGGCAGCAGCAGAGCAGCUGUCACUCAUCCAGGCAGAGCUGGAAUCCCAGUGGGAAGCCAAAUGUGAGCGUGCCCUGGCCUCGGCCAAGGAGCAGCACGCCCGGCAGUACCAGGAGGUGUGUGAGCAGAGGGACUCCCUGCAGCAGCAGCUGGCCCAGCUGGAAGAGAAGCUCACGGCUCUAAAACACUCGAAAAAAGCAGAGGAGCAAAAAUUGUCAGAGGUUCAGCAACGUUUGGAGGAACUGGAGCCUAUCCAAGAGAAGUUCUCAGCCCUGCAGGCAGAUGCUGUGGUGCUGAAGGCUCGCUAUGAAGAACGGAUCCGAGCCCUGGAGAGGGAUCAGGAGGGAUCCUCACCUGCAGACUUCACAGAAGAAGUCAAGAAGAUCAUGAACAGUGUGUUUCAGUCCCUUCGGGGUGAAUUUGAGCUGGAAGAGACCUACAGUGGCAGGACAGUGCUGGGGGUUGUCAUGAACACUAUCAAGACUGUGACACUGCAGCUGCUCAACAGGCAGCAGGAGAAACCAGAUCAUGAGAGUGAAAAGGAGGAAUCUGGAACAGUGAGACAGAAGGGGUCACUUGGAGCAAAGACUGACCAGCAGGAGUCUGUGCAGAAUAGCCCAGCACAGAGUGUUGCAUUCCCAGCUGAUCCUGGAGAAACAGCCACAGGCCCCAGGGUGUCUGAGCAGGAAGGCAAGACUGCUCCUCACUCUGCCAGGCCUGGAACUCCUGAGGAGGAGCAGGAGACGUGGAGCAAUGGGGUGGCAGAGGAGGAGAAGGUCCAGGGGGAGCAUCUCUCUCCCACAGCCAAAUCCCACCUGGAUCCUGAGAAAGGGCCUGUACAUGCAGGACAGCCAAUUCCUGAGGAGGAGCACAGGCAGGAGAGCAAUCCCCUUGGGAAAGCUGAGCCAGAACACAGUCCCUCCAGGGUGUCUUUGCAGGCAGAAGUUGCAGAACCUUCUGUUCCAGAAGCCAAGCCAGAAGUGGAUGUGGCAGCCGUGGAGCAGAAGGCAGAGGAGGCUGUGGGAGGUUUGGAGCCUCCUCCCUUAAAUGGGGAGGAAGGGAGUGGCUCAGAGCCAUGGGAUGGAGCUGGCCCUGAGAAGGAACAACCUGCCUCAGUGUCCAGCACAGCAGAGCUGGGCUCAGCUGUCACCAGAGAAGCCCCAGGACAGCAGGAAUUGGGCUCCAGCCCCAGGCAAGGAGAUUCCAGCCUCUUUGAGGAUGACAACUUCUUUGAGACAGCAUCUCCUAAACCACUGAAGCCUCAAGUUCCCUCUGAAGAGGAGGAUGAGGAGGAAGUGAGCAUGAAGGGGCGUCCCCCUCCUGCACCCCUGUUUGGGGAUGAUGAUGAUGAUGAUCUGGACUGGCUGGGAUGAAGGUCUGGCUGGGAUGUCUCCUCUGGGCGUGGCCUCUUCCUGUGCGCUGAGCACCUGGCGAGUGGGACACUUGGGAAUGAGCAGGGCCUUCCCUGCAGUCCUGCAGACUGAGGGGGCUGGGAGCAGUGGCUCCUGUUGCACUCGUGGGCACUCUCAGCCCUGAUGCUCUGAGCUGCCAAACACGCAGGGGUUGGAGUGCAGGAGCCAUCCUAUUGCUGUCCCCCGCCCUGAGCCCUGGAUUCAUGAACCUCAGACUCUCUGCAAGUAGGAACGUGGUGAAGUGCUUUGGCAGGACCCUGGAGGGGGAACAGCCUGUUAAAAAAAAUCAGACUAAAAUCUCCUUUUCUUCCCCGGUGAAGAUCUCCUUGGAAUACUUCUUAAUCCUCAGGGUGGCUCCAGGAUUCCCUGCACCCUCUCACCACUGGGUAUGAGCCAUGUGCUGCUGGAGAUCAGACCCUAGACAGGGGUUUUCCUGUGAGCCGCUGGCUCUGCACAAGCAGCUGGGGGACCCCGGGGGCUGAGGUGGUUCAGGUGGGCCCUGGGGCAGAGCUGUGGCACAGGUGGUGCUGGGCCAGGGCCCUGGGAGUGGUGCUGACCCUCAGGGCUCUGUUAGACCAGCACCUGGUGGUGGCUGAAGGAGCCCAACCCCUGGCUGUGUGUUGAUUAGGACCCCCAGGGCUCACAGAGACCUCCCAGCCAGCUCUUCUCCUCUGGCCAGAGCUGAGGGGAUUUUUGCUGGGCUGUUUCCCUGGCAGUGGGGGCAGCAGCACAGUCCCUGCAGGCAGCCCGGCCCCUCCCCUGUGCCUUUGGCUCUGCUGCUGUUCAAGGGUGACCAUCACAGCACCAAUUAAAGCACAGGGAUGGUGGAACACAAGCUGUAACCACCCCCUCCCCCAGGCUGUGCUGGGCAGAUGGAGUUUGGGGUAAAACCCUUUGGUCUGAGGGGGCCAAGAGGGGAAAGGAGUGAGGUCAGAGCUGGGCAAACAGCCUGGGGCUCUCACAGCACUUUCACUCUACGCUCAUUGGCACUAACACAACCUAAACUAGCAGCCCUUGGUGUCUUUAAAACAAGUAACUCCCUUCACUUAAUACAAGGAAACAGCUUGAACUAAAUCUACUGCAAUUUAGUUUCUACAACUGCCUCUAAUCACCUCUGACUGGAACUCCGUCUGGGUCCUCCCAGAGGAGGAGAACACCCAAAAAAGCACUGGGUGUUCCUGUUGGGGUGUGUGGCUGGUGCCUGUCCCUGCCCAACACCCUCAGUGCCACAACUUGCCAAAUGCAGCUGAAAUUUGGGUGGAGACCAAAGCCCCCCUGGUGCCAGGUACCUGAGCUGGGGCUUCCUGGGAGCCACUCCAGGAGUUAGUGCUGCCCCUGAUGAUGUUUGAAACCUGCAUUUUCUCUGGGGAUCCUUGUGCUGCUCCCAGUGUGGGUGCCCUGAUGUGGCCUCUGGACCCCAUCCGUGCACUGUCCCAGGGGAGGUCAUUGCUCAUAACUAACAAGUUCCACUUCUCAUUCCCUGUUAUUACAAACAGACAACCUGAGGGAUUUGCAUUUCACUUCUUGGAGAAUAAAGUGCAAUUAAACCUGUA